UCCAGUGUACGGAUCCUCGUAUCUAUCGCACAUCGCAUUAAACCUCAAAUUUGAAUUACCUAUCUAUAUUAUCAUACUUAAAACGUUUUUAGAAUUGUGUAAAACUGGCUCACCAAUUUUGGAUACCAGCCGGAUAUCAUCCGCCAACUGGGGCGAAGCACUCCACGGGAGAUGAAACCCCACCAAUACCAGAGGAAGAACUUGAACAGCAGAAAAUCGAAUAUGAGCGUCAGAUGCAACAGGAAAAGGAAGCCGAGGCGAGAGAAGCAGAGGAGGUCCGACAGCUGGAUAUUGAUCUGCUACACCAACGGGCCAUCGAGGCUGAAGAGGAACAAAAACGAGAGGUCGCUGAAGCCGUGGAGGAGCUGCGGGGCAUGAAUACGUCAUGGUCGCACCACAGGCUGUGCGACCUGCAACGACAAGCGGCAAGAUGGCGCUACAGUCGUCCUUCCAUCCCUGACACCACCAAACAUUACAGGAGCGUGUUGAAGAAGGCUUGCAGCGCUCAGUUGAGCAAACCUCACUCAAGUCAGAGCAUCAGCGAAGGCGAUGGCAUAUUUAUCAACCUCUCUCGCCUUGGAUCCUGUCAAGGAGAAUCCCUGGAGAGCGAGGUGUGCUGCGAGGAAGUGUGCGGCGAGGAGCCGGGUCGCGCCUGGCGCGCCUCAGCCAGCGACGUUAGCCCCCGCAGCCGCCUCGACCUCUUCCGAGCCCCCUCUUGCCCUGGUUUACGCUCCGCAACCGCAGCGCGCCGCACCAAAUGUUCAGUACGUAGAACCUCUCCAUUUACCCGAUGUCGUGCCCCAAUCGCGUCUCUCGAUUGUAUGGACGAUUUUAGUGCGAAUUCGCAGCAGAUGUUAGAUCAAGCCGGAGAAGUAACCAUAUCAAGACACAUGUCGACUUAUAUGGGAAAUCAUACAACUAUGCCUUCCGUGGUGACUCCUGGACUACGUUACAAGAACCUUGGCAAGUCCGGUCUGAGGGUGCCUAACAUUGGGCUCGGCAUUUGGACCAUGCUCAACGAGGACAACGCUGAGGACAUCAUCAUGACUGCCCUUGAAAACGGAAUUAAUCUCUUUGAUCUCUCUGAGGCUCAUUGCGGAGUUAAACCAAAAACUAUGUUAUUGGAAACAGCCAAAGGUGAAGCGGAACUCGGGAGGAUUUUAAAGAAAAGGAACGUCAGAAGAACAAGUAUCAUAAUCACAACUAAAAUAUACUGGAGCACCAAGUUUGCUAAUGCUAAUAACAGGUCAGAUGAGAGAGGACUCUCUCGUAAGCACAUUGUGGAGAGUGUGAAAGCAUCCCUGGCGCGGCUGCAAGUGGAGUACAUUGACGUAGUGCUUUUGCACAAGGUUGACCCUGUAUGUCCUAUGGAAGAAUUAGUACGUGCUAUGAACUUUGUCAUAAAUCAAGGAUGGGUUAUGUAUUGGGGUACAGCUCGCUGGUCACCUACAGAAAUAAUGGAUGCGUACACAAACUGCAGACAGUUCAACUGCAUCACCCCCAUAGUGGAACAGACAGAGUACCACAUGUUCUGCAGGGAGAAGGCAGAGCUUUACAUGCCUGAGCUGUACCAUAAGAUUGGUGUUGGUAUGAUGGUGUGGUCAGCAAUCACCACAGGCAAAGGACUAGGCCGUGAGGAGAUCACCGGGCUGUUCGCCAAGUCCCGAUUCAACAGGAAAUAUAGCACGUUUAGCUGGUGCGAGGAAGACCUGGCAGUGCCUGAGAUGAGGAGCUCGGGCAGCAAAGACCAAGUGACGGGAGAAGAGCCACGCACCUACGGCGACAAGUUGCGCGACCUCUCCAACCUAGCAAAUUCACUGAAUUGUUCCAUGAGUCAACUAGCUGUUGCAUGGUGCCUCAAAAACGAGUCAGUUAAUUGUCUCCUCCUCGGUGCUACUAGCGUGGAACAGUUCAAGGAAAAUAUUCAUGCUUUGCAGAUCGUGCCUCAGCUGACGCCAUCGGUAAUGGGCGAAAUAGAGCGACUGCUGGCCAACAAGCCGCAGCGGCCGCCCAUGGUCUCCACGCUCGCUAUGCGCAACCAGCAGAACAACACAGUUCGCAUCGAUAUGCCAGGCGGCACAUCGGGCGCGGGAUCACCGAAGCCCGAGGGCGAAGGCGCCGAAGGCGAGGCUUCCACCCCCGGUAAGGAGUCCGGGCGGGCCUUUUGUGAGAUUCAGUGACCGUGGUGGCGCGGAAGCACUGACUCUGCUUCCAAAUCUAGUAAAUCAAAGGAAUCACUUAAGGAGAACAAGCCUAAAUUCUUUUUGAAUAACGCCGGAGAAGUAAUUAAACGUACAGAGCAAGACGGAGUAUCCACAGACGUGGUGGUAUCAGUGUCCUCGCUGAAGGGUAAGCAGCCGGCGAGCGGCGGCAGCAAGGUUAAAAAGUCCAAGUCAGACACAGCACGACCGCGCUCCGCCUCGCUGCAGCGCUCCUCCUCCGGGCAGCUGUCCAUCGGCCGGGACCGCCGCCGCUCCAGGCUCGAUCUCGCUUCACCCGCCGACAUAUAAACCCAGGGUCCAGCAACCCUCCCCACCAAAAACUCACUAAGAGUACGAUUAAAGAGAGCUGUGAUGCUAAACGUUCUUACACGUUUAACUUAUAAUGGAUGUUACGAAAACAUAGAUGUUACAAUAGGCAGUGCAUAGCGUAAGGAAAUAACGGCAUCUUCAAACGAAGAUUUGCGUAACAUUCGUGAUCGAAAUACCGCCCAACUCACAAGUCACGCGAGGGAUGCAUCAUCUCCUUUUCGUAGAAAGCUAAAACUCAGUUAUACAAUUUCUCAUUGUCUUGAAGUAGGUAGAUAGAAGUGAGUACUCUUAAAAGCGCUGAGCAAACCUAUUAGGAGAGUAUUUGGUAAUUUCAUGUAGAAAAUUAUAUUACUGUAGAGGUCGAUUUUAGACCCGACAACUGUCCGAUAAAUUAUUUUUAAAUGAUUCCUUUAGAAGUACUAACUGUGAAGCGGUUUUUUAUAGGUAUAAAACUGUUUUGCUUGUGUGAACAUUGCUUCCUCAGAAUCGCAUCAUUCUUAUGCAUCUUCUGGCUUAAAACUCAUGUCUGAAUCAAAAUUCCAACUUGUACGCAUUUAAACGGGCUCAAAUCUACUUAUUUGUAAUGAAGUUUUAUAAAGUUAUUGUUGCAUAGUUGCAUUUUAAAGGUUUUUGGAUGCAACUUUUCAUGAAAGCGUAGCAGAUUAGUGCCGCUUAGUUAAAGGCAAAUAAUGUAUAUUUUUAUAAGAGUCAUACAUUUCAUUAUAUUGUAAUGGUUCGGGAUGUAGGGUCGGAGCACAAUGGGCUGAUUUCGACACGGCAAUCGUAUCAUUGUCAUCUUUUGUCGCAAGUACCACACGUGAAUGAUCAACUAGUUAGUACAUCUCGUACCUAUAGCAGUUAGAAAUAUCGAUGGUGUGAAAUGAAAUAAUAAUAUAUUUUCUUACAGCUUUUGAUCGUACAAUUUGCAAUUGAGAAGCAAUAUAUAUAUAAAAUAAAUCAAACUAAAUGAAACUAAUCAAAAUUAUAUACAUAUAACACCAAGCAGUUACUUAAUAGCUUAAGGUAAAUUACGACACCAAGUUUCUCAGGAAUUACAAAUUACAGUAUUUGUCAUUGUAUUAAUAGUAGACGGUUUAAUGUUGUACAGAAGUGUUAAUAUUUACCAUUAUUUAAAUUUGAAAAAUAUAUAUAUUCGUUAUUUAUUAUUGUUAAGUAUUAAAAAAAUUAAAAAGUGUAUGAAUUCAUUGUAAUCAGAGUCGAGUACCUGUUACGGCAUAGAGUAGCAGUUGGUGAUAAGUGAACUGUUGGCUAUACUAGUACCUGAAUGACAUUAUAAAGAUGUCGGUGUCGGGCGCAUGCCUUGAAGCUCGCACCUACGGGUGACUUGGUAGUUCUACUAACUGAGCCAGUCAGUCGACGAUGUAACUAGCAAGUAAUUCAGUGAGUGCUGUGACAUCCAUUCUUUAACUAGAGUUAAUCAUGUUUACAUUGCAUAAGGAAGUACCUAUAUUACCACUAUGUACAGUAAAUUUUCAUUUCGGACAUUUAUAGCUAAGUAUCUUAAAAAUUAUAUAAAUACAAUGUAUUCUUUAUUUCUACGAUCACAAAGAUUUUAAUAAAAAAAUGUUAUACGUAGGUACUUACAAAAUAUAUAUAAUGUUUUUAAAGGUGUUCAACGUGUAAUAUAAAUAGUUUGUGUUAUUUAAUAGAAUGUACCUGGAUUUAGUGCUGGAAAAUUACCUAUUUGGCAAAAUUAUAAUAUUUAUGUACAUAAAUAAAUAGUUGUUAAAUUUUCACGUCAUAUCAUUAGCGUACAUUUACCACACGCAUAAAUACAUCCUUGCUAAGCGAUCAUAGCUAAGAUUUAUUGUUUGUAACGUUUAAGCCAGAAAUAUGUAUUAAAUAUAAAUAAAAUAACCAUUAAAAUCAUUACUUAUGA